CAACAGCUCUGACAUCGCACCCACUCAUCCUACUUUUGGAGCCGUUUGGAGGCCCAGUCUCGGUCGUCCAAUCUAUCUUAGAAUCGACAUUUUUUGUUAUUAGACUACUAUCGUCGCUCAGUUCAUACAACUCAUACCGUGGUAUUGUUUUAGGCAGUCACGCCUUCGUCGCGGCACGCCAGCGGCCAUGAAAUCGCGGACCAGUACGUCCUGUUCGCUCAACAGAGGAAACGCUAGAUACGACACACACUCGGGCUUUAGGGACAGCAGCACUGCCCUCAUGUAAAGUCAUAGCUUUAUCCUCAUCGAUUAUUGCUGUGGACUGUCUCCGACGAAAAUGAGAUAUCGCAGAAUAGCAGGAGACGAACUACGCAAUCCACCUCUACAUACUCUUCUACGGCCACGUAGCCUUGGAGUGGCAACCUAGCUAGGCCCGAAUAUGGCGACGAAGGGAAAUAUGCACGGAGAGGGCAAUGUGAAGAUUGCAAGGCAAGACUUGUCAAAGCUCGUCGCCGUGCCAAAAUUACCUCCUAGAUCGAAGCCUGCACCCGUAGCACCGUCGAACUCAUCUCCCCAAACUGGUACAGCAUCUUCAGACUCGACAUUCCCUAGACGAGAGACAAUCUCCACGACUGCGAAAUCACCCAGGUAUGGCGACGACGAAACUUCGAAAACGACAAGGGAGCUUGUAAAGUGGGAGUACGACGUCUAUGCUACUCCGUUCAUCCCAUCAGCUCUACGAUCAAUCAAUACAGAGGAGGCUGUUGUGAUUACAACCAAGCCAAAAUACUGGAUUGACUCUCAAGCUUACGCCCACACAUUCAUCGGAACCAGCUUCAUACCCGACCGACCCUUGAAUGCUCUAGAGACUAAGUAUAAGCAGGUCACACUACCCGAGGAGCGAUUCAUCAAGGACUCGUACUUCCAAUAUUUCAAUAGACUAAUGAACAUUGAAAGUGCCGCCAAGACACAGGAACAUGAGACACAUGCACUCUACAAGGUUCCACUCCAUCGCAUCUCGACCCCAGAUGGUCAGAUUUGGGCUUUGUCAGUGCCAGGUCUAAGGGAAGAUAGUCCAGUUGUCGAGAUGGGUGACACGCUGCAGAUUCGUCAACUGUGGAUGGAUAGCGCAGGAAACCCGAUGCCGGUGCCAAUGUACAUGGAAAGCCACGGCAUGGGUCACCCGAGCCAUGCUCCAGUCUUUUACAAAACCUGGACCGGAGUGCAACACAACGGCUCAGUAUACAGUAUCAAUAGGGCACAAGAGACAGUUUAUCUCAAAGUCGAAGGCCUUGACUUCCUACACCUUGGAUCCAAUGUCGUUCCUCUGGAAGCGAAUGUCAGCUUUCCACUUAGAUAUGGUCUGCUGGGAGUUCAGCGGGGGGCGUUGGCAAGAGUCAAUUUGGAGCUUAGGCAAACGGUGUGCUUGUUCCAUCAGAAUAACUUAACUAACCUAGACGAUGGCCGGAUUGACUUUGAUGGAGUACCUGAGGUGGAGUAUGCUUCGACCGGAACGCCAGAAAAAUGCACCUGUGCACUACACAACGACUGGGUUCGCCGGAUGCUCUUCCCGAGAGAGCGUGAUGGCCAGCUCCAAACCCGGCUUCGGAAGAUUCCACAUCGUGCACUUUUCGAUCCUGCCGUCAACUACGAGCAAGCACACGCUGUUAACGAUAUCUGUGCCAGUGAUUAUGGCACGCUGCCAUACCUAAUCUCCGGACCUCCAGGAACUGGCAAGACUAAGACGCUGGUCGAGACAGCUAUGCAACUACUGAAUACCACCAAGACUGCGCAUAUGAUUAUAUGUGCGCCAUCUGAAGCGGCCGCAGACACACUAGCUUUACGUCUCAAGCACUAUCUAAACAACAAGCAACUAUUCAGACUCAACAGGCCUGGCCGAGCAGAUAAUGAAGUGCCACGAGAGCUUAUGCAGUACUGCUACAUUGAGAACGACAUGUUCUACCUGCCUCCUUUCAAGACGCUCAUGGCAUUCAACGUUGUCGUUACAUCUUCCAGAGACGUAGCUAUCUUGGCAGAAGUACGAGUGACUAACAAUGACCUUUGGACCUUGGAAAGGAACAUGUUCUCCGCCCUCCAUCCAGAAGACCAAGCACCAACACCAUCCUUACACUGGGGUGCCCUACUCAUCGACGAAGCCGCCCAAGCCACCGAGAUAGACGUCCUGCCCGCCAUCAGUGUCGUGUGUCCACCCUCGGCAUACCCAACACACCUUCCACAAACACGCUUGGUGUUGGCAGGAGACGACAAUCAACUCGGGCCCCGAACAGCGUCUCGCGAUCCGGAAUUCUCCACAUCUCUAUUCGCACGUCUCUCUGGGCGGACGCUGUAUAAAGAUCAUCCAUUAAGCCGUUCAAAUCUCAAGCCAUCGUCGGGCCCUCCCGUAAUCAAGAGAUCGAUGCUUCCAAUCAUCUACCCGCCGUUCACACUCCUAGUGCGAAACUACCGCUCCCAUCCCGCAAUCUUGAGUGUGCCUAGCUCGCUAUUCUACAACGACACGCUCAUGCCUGAAGCACCCACGCCCUCCACUCCACUCCAGCAAUCCUCCCUCUGGCGCGGCCGCAAAUGGCCGGUCCUAUUCAUACCGCACAUCGGACCCGACGAGAUCGAGCGCGACGGCGGCGGCUGGUAUAACAUCAGAGAAGCACGCCUCGCAUGCUCCAUUGCGCAAACCCUCGUCGAAGAAUCUCGCGUCCAACAAAAGGAUAUAUGCAUCAUGUCGCCCUUCGCUGCACAAGUCAAACUCCUGCGUUUUCUUAUCCGCUCCGAGACCUACGGUGGCGGCGCAGGGCUAUGGGAAGUAAACAUCGGCCCGCUCGAAGCAUUCCAGGGCCUUGAAAACAGAGUCGUCAUCAUAUGCACGACUAGAACUCGAGAGCGGUUUCUUGACAUGGAUGAGAAAAGGGGACUAGGCAUUAUAGGACAGAAGAGAAAGAUGAAUGUUGCGCUUACACGGGCAAAAGAGGCUCUUUUCGUCAUUGGGAGCCCGGUCGUUCUCGGACAAGAUGAGCAUUGGCGGCAGUGGCUGGCCUUUUGCUGGCGUAAUGGCUUGGUGGCGGAUAAGAAGGCGGUUUGGAAAGGCGACGAAGAAGGCUUUGGUAAGGAAAAGAUUGGCGUACUAGAACGAGCAUUGAUAGUAAAGGAAAACCAUGGAAGUAAAUAUGAGAGGGCACUGGGUGCUGGCGCAGCUAGCCACGAUAUCAAUGGUAAUAGCGACUAUGAAGCUUGGAUUGAGAGUCUGAGGGAGGCCUUGGAUGAAGAAGAUCAAGACGAUGAAGAUGGAGAGGGUAGCGAAGAGUAUGAAAACGAAGAUGAAGAUGAAAUAGAGAACAGCGACGGGGAAGAAGAUUCACAGGGUGAAUCUAGUACAGAGAAAUUGUUGCCGUAGAUAUAUGAGCUGGAGUAGACUGAACAAAAGCCAAAGAUAGAAUGCGAGACUGUAGUCAGUAUAAUAUUACACAUAGGAUAUUAGGUAAUGGUCACUUUACACUUUCUCUACGGAGC